AUGGAGGAGUCUUCCCAGGGGAGUUUUAUUGCAACCAUAAAUGAGGAUUAUGAAGCAAUUUGCUGGGGAUGUGGACUAAACCUUGUUCUUCCCUCAUACGCACCUGUUUUCAAGUGUGGUUGGUGUGGUGCAAUCACCAAUCAGAAUCCAGUCAGGCUUGAAACCAAAAACUUUGGCCUGAGACGUAUCCGUGACCGGUGCUUUGUCGUUAUCCUCGCCGUUUUUAUGCUCUUUGUGAUAUGUGGUGGGAUUUGGGCUGCGUAUCCAGUCUUGUUUUCGAUCAGCUUGGCUUGUGGGGUUUUCCAUUGUGUUACAACAGUGUGUAUGGCGAUAUCAACACUAUCAACAUUCAUUCUUGUUGCUUUCAAAUGCGCCGGGAAGCCAGCAGAUAUUCUAUACGGAACCCACCCUGGAGUAGGCAACAGCGCUCUCAACAACUACACCUUUUGUCCCCACUGCUCCAAACCAAAGUCACCUAGAACACAUCACUGUCGCACCUGUGGCAUGUGUGUCCUCGACAUGGAUCAUCAUUGCCCCUUUAUUGGGAACUGUGUUGGUGCCGGUAAUCACAAGAACUUCAUAGCCUUCCUUAUCUCGGCAGUGAUAAGCACAACCUACGCUUCUGUUAUGUGUGUGUAUUGUUUGAUUCAUAUAUUGCCGCCUCUGGAGAAUGGAGCAGCGUAUGCGUCCGAUGUGGCACAUGCGAAUACUUUAUCAGUUCUGAGAGUGGUGAAGAACAUCGUGCUUGCUUACGUGGCCAACGCUGUGUUCGUCUCUGUUCGAGGCCUUGUUCUAGUCUACCUCUUUGUGGCGAGUGUCUCCGUGGCGAUUGGGCUGAGUGUUCUGCUGUGGCAGCAGCUUAGCUAUAUCUACGAAGGCAAGACUUACUUGAGCCAUUUAAGUGCUCAAGGAAGCGAGGAAGAUGGUGAAAAGAGCUGCGGGAAUCUUUUGACGUUUUUUGGGUGUCCACAUGCGAUUGAAAGGCACUUGCCAACUAUAAGGAACUUGAGGAAAAGACAUAAGAAAUGA